AUGGGCGUUCGCCACCGCGUUAGCCACCGCGGCAGCCAUUGCCUCGCCGUCGCUCCCCAGAGGAUCGCGAAGAUCACCACCAUGGGGCUGGUGGACAACUGUCUUCAGCGGGUCAACGCUCUCCUCGUCACCAAUCCCCCCGUGGUCGGGGAGCCCAGCGCUCACCGCAAGCGCGAUCCCCCGCUCAGCACUCUCUGCGGCGAUCUCCGGCGAGGCGGGGGAGGGGGAGGGGGUCUCCUGGACGUCGCUGGGAUUCGGGACGUCGCGAGCAGUCCCCUCCGCGUCCGAACUCGGCUGGUUCCGAAGGCUGACGGGGCCGGCGGAAUGGCGGGGGGCGAUGCGGUACUGGUCGCCAGCAGGAUCCUGCCCUCGAUCGCGCCGCGAAUACGUUUGUGGAAGUGGUGCAGCAGGCCCGGGCGAGUGGGGAGCCGACUCACGUCCAUAUCGAGGAUUCUGAAUGUGGCGGAGGCGUGCGAGGUGGUGGCGAACUUGCAGCUGGCGGUGUGUGCGGCCACUCAAAACUUUCCGAGCAGUUACGGUCCAGGGUCCCGAGGAUCCUGCGUGACUUUGGCAGAAUCGCUCGAGUCGCCGUUGGCACUCGUGUCGGAAGCGCCCGCCGGGGUAGCUCCCUUAGCGCGUACCUUCCCGCGCCACGUGGGGGAUCUUGCAGAGGCUGCUCGAGUUGGGACCCCCGUGAGCACACUUCAGUCGUAG